GUUAAUGCAGAAGUUCCGUGAUUCAUAUGCCUUUUUAAUAUCUUUUUUUUUUCUUACUCAGUAUAACUUGCUCGCUCAAUUUAAAGGUUUCUUACGCUCAAUUUCUCGAUUCUUCUCAAUAUUAUGCAGGUAUUAUGUGCCGACACUUGCGUUUUUUUGUCUCAAAGGUUAGGGUUCGUCAUACGAUUAUUUUUUGGCAAUUGAUGUAAGUGUCAGAAUUCUGCUGUUCUAUAGAAAUAACUAUAUAUCUGUUGUUUAUUUGUACCUUUCCUAUUGUAAUGCAGUAGUUUGGAAGUAAAAUUGUGCUCGUCCUUUAUAUUUGAAAUGUUCUUGUGCUAAGUAAUGAACUCAAAAAGAAAUGCUUGUACUUUCUUUUUAACUUUCUACCAUGACUUUAGGGGGGCACAAAGCCUUAAUAGACAACCUCUUUCUGGCCCAGAUAUUAGUGGAUUUGCUGAUAAUGCAACACCAAUGUUAUUUGGAAGGUGGAUGGGUGUUGGUGCAAUGUUUCCAUUUUGCCGUGGGCAUUCUGAGAUGAGUACAAAUGACCAUGAAUAUUGGGCUUUCGGUGAAGAGAUAAGAUUCUUUGAUAAUAAGGUCAGCUCUAUGCCUGCUCCUGUCUUUAAUGCUGAGAGGCUUGUCUAGAAGGUUAUCGAAGUGGAGCGUCCAUCUAUCAGCAAUAGACAAACAUUUGGGUACAUCCAAAUCUUUCAAUCUAAUUGUUUCUCAUUAGUGCAAUGGAAUUUAAAACUUGUAAGUUAGGUUAUGUAGAACCAAUUAAGAGGAUAUGAAAAAUGGUUGUUGGGGAUUUUUAAUUUGUUUUAUUGCACAUUUAUGCUCAGUUUUCGUUUAUAUUUUUGGAAAUUUUAGACAUUUGCUUAGAAUUGUAGUUUUCGGGUUUUUGUUGCUCCAGCAUUCUUAUUUGAAACACAUUGGUAUGUUAUUUUUCGAUCAUAUGAAGUAGAUGUCCUUAUAUAUUAAAUUCGGGCAAAAGAUAGGAAAUCAUGAAUAAAGGGGGUUGAUCGCCAUCGACUUGAUCCGUUGAUAUGACAAAAUGGCAAGAAUUGGAGUUUUGUUCUUCGAACCUAAGCUAAUAAAGCUAAUAAUUGUUAUCUUGUUCGAGUUUUUAGUGAUUGAUUUGUAUAUAUUUUUUCCAAAUAUAGCUAUAAUUAUUUGUAUAUGUUUUCAUGAUUGUAUGUGGUCACACAAAUGAGAUGAUUAUUCUCUUGUUGGUACUCAAGGACAGGACAUUUGAGAGCUCCUCGAGUAAUGAGGUAAUUGGCCCCUCCUUCCUAUUUCCACGUCUAACUUUUGU